CAGCAACGAUAGAGCCUCGAGAUCGCCACGUUCGGAUGAUCAGCGUGAUAUUAGCGAUAUGCCGGUCACGAAGAGAUCGCGAUCAGACUCGGUAAUUGCAGACUUCAUAAUCGCACGAUGAUCUCAAGUGAGAGGUGAGGUGAGAGUCAAACAAUAACGAAACAAUAUCGAAAUCGAACAAGUAUCAAGUCAGAGAUCCCCAAAACUAAUUGCGACUCGACUCCCACUCGAAUCGACUCAAGUGUUCCAUAAAACCAUAAAAAAUAAAUCGAAUCUAUCGUCAUUAAUGUAAAAUAUAAACGAAACGAGUGCGAUACACAAAUUACCAACAAAACCAAAAUGAAUAACUAAACUAUACUAUAUCUUAUAAUCAUAUUAAAGAAAAAAAACAUGAGAUCACAAUCUGUCAUUGGCAGUACAAUUAAAACGUAAUGCACACCUAUAUCCAUUAAUUAUGUGGUAGCUGUAAAUUAGGGUCCCUACACAGCCAGAGUGUAUGUAUCCAAUAUGAAUAUAUCAAUCAAUAUCAAUGAAUCAGUAUCUGUGAAUCCUCGCCGCAUCCAACACUGAAACGAAACGCAAUUCAACGAACUAAUCAAAAAAAAAAAGCAUAUAACUAUUCUCUCUCUUCUCUCUCUCUUUCUUCUAUAUCUCUCUUUUUUAUAUUCUUUUUUUGUAAGAGUCUUUCUUUUUUUUCAAUAUAUAUACUAUAUAUGUUUGUUCCGCCCAAAAACGACUUGGUAGAGAUCAAGAGAUGCCCAACUUAGAGUUAACUAUUACAACUACCAAACUACUACUACUACUACUACCAAAGCAACAAAUCUAAGAUCGCUUCUAACAAAUAUUGCCGAUUGCAACGUCGUCGCGAUUCUCCGAAAACCUCCUAGAGAUUGGGUCACCGUCUUCAUAGUGUGCUGCGCCAAAAUGCCUUGGACUGUCCAUGACACAGUGCCUGAGAUAUAUUUAUAAUGAUUGUCAUCCAAAAAGUAAAACACAUAACUACUGCUCGAAUCAUAUGUGGUCCGAACUGUUGUCUGAUAGAACAAUAUUUUAUAGCAUAAUACUAAACAAUAUCAUGCUGCAGUUUGAUAUCCAAAAGUAGUCAACAGAAAACUGCAAUUAUAAUACAUAAAUUUAGAGUAGAUUUAUAUUUGAGAAAAAGAAAAUUAAAAGCCAAAGAAAAAUACACACACUACAUGAACAAGAUUAAGGUACGGCGGAAAAACUUAACCAAACUUAAAACAUAUUGUUGCUCUUAUUAUCGUUUCAGCGUCUUGUUUUCUUUUUAUUUUUCUCUUUUUUAUCACUGAGCAAAUGUAAUGUGUGACCCUUCAAGUCAAUAUACCACGCCCCCUCAACUCAUGGAAAACCGUAUCGAAAAACGCACAUCUAAGGCAAGUCAGCGGAUUCGAAAAUUCCCUACCUUUCGCAGCCACUGUAUGAUCUGAAACAGACGGGCGAUGUGAAAUUUGGACCUGGCACACGUUCCGCCCUAUUGGGACUCCUGGGUGGUGCACUGCCCAAGCUGACGUCCGAGCAGCAUGAUCUGGUCAGCAAGGCCAAGAAAUAUGCCAUGGAGCAGAGCAUCAAAAUGGUGCUAAUGAAGCAAACGCUGGCCCACCAGCAGCAACAGUUGGCCACCCAACGUACCCAGGUGCAGCGACAACAGGCCUUGGCUCUUAUGUGCAGAGUCUAUGUGGGCAGCAUUUCGUUUGAGCUCAAGGAGGACACCAUACGUGCCGCUUUCACACCGUUUGGACCCAUCAAAUCGAUCAACAUGUCAUGGGAUCCCAUUACACAGAAGCACAAGGGAUUCGCCUUUGUCGAGUACGAAAUUCCCGAGGGCGCACAGCUGGCAUUGGAGCAAAUGAAUGGUGCGCUCAUGGGUGGCCGAAAUAUUAAAGUGGGCCGACCAAGUAAUAUGCCACAGGCGCAACAAGUCAUCGAUGAGGUGCAGGAGGAGGCCAAGAGCUUCAAUCGCAUCUACGUUGCGUCCAUACAUCCCGAUUUGUCCGAGGAGGACAUCAAGAGUGUGUUUGAGGCCUUUGGACCCAUUCUAUACUGCAAACUGGCGCAGGGCACAUCGGUGCAUUCGCACAAGGGUUACGGCUUCAUCGAGUAUGCCAACAAACAGGCCAUGGACGAAGCCAUUGCCAGCAUGAAUCUCUUUGACUUGGGUGGUCAAUUGUUAAGAGUUGGACGCUCGAUUACGCCACCGAAUGUGUUGUCCUGUCCCGCAACAAAUUCAACGAUGCCAACGGCAGCUGCAGUCGCCGCUGCCGCAGCCACAGCAAAGAUUCAAGCGCUGGAUGCGGUCGCCAGCAAUGCAGUCUUGGGACUGGCGCAGAAUACACCCGGUCUUGGCAUUGCAGCCAAAGUGAAUGCCAUGCCAGUGAUCACGGCAGCGACUACAGCAGCUGCUUUGCAUCCAGCGCUUGCAGUGCCCGCAGCUCCAACCUCGGCACUAUUGCCACCUGGCAUCUAUCAGGCUCCUGGUCUGGGUGGACCCAGUUUGUUGGGUGUGCCAGCCGGCUUGCCUACGCUACAAAGUGUGGCACCCACACUGCCGCCACCUGCGCUGCUUGCCACGCCACCAACUGUCGCUUUAGCCGCCGCCGCCGCCGCAGCACAAGUAGCAGCUCCUGUUGCAGCACCACCAACGACUGUUGUAGAGACCAGCAAUGGUGGAGCACCAGCCGCCUUAUCUGCAGCAGCGAAUAAUGCAGCUGCCACGGCAGCGAAUUUAUCGGAGAACAUUAAGAAGGCACAGGAAAAACAGCAGGAGGAACUCCAGAAGAAGCUGAUGGAUGAGGGCGAUGUGCAGACGCUGCAGCAACAAGAGAACAUGUCCAUUAAAGGUCAGAGUGCACGCCAGCUGGUGAUGCAGCGGCUAAUGCGUCCACAGGAUUCGCGUGUCAUCAUCUUAAGGAAUAUGGUCGGACCCGACGAUGUGGACGAGACGCUGCAGGAGGAGAUUCAGGAAGAAUGCAGCAAAUUUGGUACCGUUAGCCGCGUGAUUAUAUUCAACGAAAAACAAACGGAAAACGAGGACGAUGACGAAGCCGAGAUUAUAGUGAAAAUCUUUGUAGAAUUCUCAGCGGGAGUCGAGGCGAAUCGUGGCAAGGAGGCGCUGCAUGGUCGUUUCUUUGGUGGACGUCGCGUUGUCGCUGAGCUUUAUGACCAAGCGCUCUUCGAUCAGGGCGAUCUCUCGGGUUAAAUGGAUGGACAGAGGUCAGAACGGAGGGAAGCGAGAGGAUAAUAAAUUCGAUUGUAUCUUUAUUAGGCUUACGAACCUGGACCUUUAUCUGGCAACAACAGCCUUUUUUACUUAGAACUUAAAAACGAACAAUGAAUUAUUUAUUAUACGUUUGGCGCCGAGCGAUGUCACGUCACAAGCAGCCACAAUGCCAAGGAGAUUGUAUAUUUGAACAGAAUCUAUGGAUUGAGAAGAGCAGAGAGCACACACAGUAUCUAUUACAUAAAAUAAUAAUAAUGCGCUAGAAUGGCCAAUUGAUUAUUCGAGUGAUUUAGAGUUUAACAACAAUCCCACAAGAUAAGCAAUUUGUCGCCAAUUCUGUAUAAAUUAAGUAAGCGAUGUGCAUGUGAUCAAUUUUGCAGCACGGUCGAAAUUUGUUUCUGUCGCAUACAAAUAACACAACUAACAAAAUGUACAUUUUAUUCAUUUCAGCGCUUCAAAACUUACAAUAAAAUAUGAUUUCCAAUAAA